AUGGCCCAAAAAACCUACAUCGUUGAGCACCUCGACGAGGAGCUUGGCCCAUGGUCUGAGCUUGAAUACAUCACCAUAGCUAAGGAAUCCAAUCAGGCUGGUGCAAAGUUUUGCCUGUCGUCAAUACCUCCCACCUUGACCAUACCCGACGUCUUGAAAGCCGUGCCAGGUUUCACAGCAGAUGGCCAAAGUGUCGAAACCCUAUAUGCGGAAAAUAAGUCUCGUGUUUGCUUGCUUGAUCCAUCAGCUAUCAAGGAGUUGAGUCCAGAAGAUGGAGACCUUUUUGAUGUAUUCCUUUUCGGUGGAAUCUUGGGAGAUGACCCACCUAGAGAUCGAACUUCUGAACUGAGAAAGAAAGGGUUUGAAGGCCGCCGGCUUGGCCCCAUCCAACUGACUACCGAUACCGCAGUACGCUGUACAAGAAUGGUUACUCAAGAUAAAAACAGGAUCCCAUACAUUGACUAUCCAGAACUCCGGGUCAACAAGAAUGAAAGUACAGAAAUGCCUUUUCGCUAUGUCAAGGACGCCAAUGGAAAGCCCAUCAUGCCAGAGGGGAUGGUUGAACUUAUUAAGAAAGACACAGAAAAGGGAUUCGGUGAUAUGUUUUAG